AAAUAAAUAAAUAAAACGUGUUGCAAGGAAAUAUGUCCCAUGAUGUACUUUUUCUCUCCACAAUUUGGCAACUUUGGAAGUGCAGGAAUCUUUUGAUUUUUAAAGGGGAGGAACUGUCAGCAGCUGUGCUUUGCAGUCUCAUUAAGAAUUAUGCGUUGGACACUUUUAAGGCUAUGGCUUGUAAAAUCUUCAAUAAGGAUAGGGCUCUAAGGUGGAUAAGUUGGCAACCGCCUUACUCUCCUUUUUGCAAAUUAAAUACAAAUGGCUCUAGAGAGCAAGUUUCUGGGUUGGCAAGUGCUGGGGGAGUUCUUCGGGAUUCAACAGGUGCUUUUAUAAAAGGCUUUUCUGUGAACAUUAGACAAGCUUCCAUUUUCCGAGCUGAGUUAUGGGGAUGUCGAGUAAAGGUUAGUCACCUAGUUGUAGAAAUGGACUCCCUUGCUGCAGUUCAGGUUAUUGAAGGCACCAAGGACAACGACAGCUUAGCAGCUAUACUAGUAGCUGACAUUCGCCGGUUAAGUAAUGAAUUCAUUUCAUUUGUCAUUCAACACACACCUCAGGAGGGUAAUUUUGCUGCUGAUUUCCUCGCAGGAAUUGGGCGUAGUUUACAAGUAGGAACCACCAUUUUUUAUUUUCCACCGCCUGGCCUUAAUGCUUUCCUUGAAGGGGAUCUAUUAGGCGUAUCUUAUUUGCGCUGCUAAUUAGUUAGUUUCCCUCAGUUGUACCAAAAAUAAAUAAAUAAAUAAACACAGAAGGCCUAUAAUUACCAAAAUAAAUAAAUAAAUAAAACAAUUUGUUUCCA